AUGAGGAGAUGCCACGUCAGCGGUUUUCUGAAUACUACAAAAAAUCCAUUAAAUGGCGCCGUUUGGGUGAUUCCGGAAAGAAAGCGCGAUAAGCGCGGUCAAUGCGAUAGAAAGCCUUGGAGAAGAGUGUGCCUUCCCAUUUCGUCUUCUCCGUUUGGAUGCUCGCAUAGAUCUCCUCCGCUCGCGAGAACCAUGCCUACGCCUACGUUUUCUGCUGCCGCUUUGGAUAGAUCACUAAAGCCAGGGGAUUCCAAAUCUCUUGAAAUCUCAAGCACAAAAGCUCUGCAUUCGAGGCCACCUCUUUCGGGUGAAAGUGAGCAACCGAAAGAAAAGACAUUGAGUCGUCCCCAGAUGUCACCUUCUCUCUAUGCCACUCCUAAGGAAAUCACCCUUCCAAAUUCCCCAUCUUCCUCUCCUCCAUCUCCCUAUAUCGUCAAUCACAAAGCACGUGGACCUGCUCUCUUUAAGAGCUCCUCCGAUGUGGAUGUGCCUUCUCACCCGAAAUCCCUCAAAGAUGAGAACAUCCAGGGAAAUGCAGAUGUGGAGGCUACUAUCACUUUGAGGAAGAUCACAUCCUUAUCAUUUCCUAUUGCAGAGGAUCACACCAAAGGCGUCCGUGAACGCCCUCUUUGGGAUUGUAGUCCGCCUCAUGGGAAAUUUUGGAACGACAAGUCUGGAAGUCAUAUCAGUAAUGUUGGGGUUGGAAGCAAUAACGCUUCCGUUUGUUUAGAAUGGCAAAGUUACCUGUUGGAUCCGGUCAGAGUAAAAGCAAACAAGGAGUGGAAGUCUGAAGAUUACUAUAACACUGAGAUAGAAGAUUAUGGAGGAUCUGAAAGUUCACACAAACUCCCUUCAUCUGUGGGAGAAUUCUAUGAUGCUCGUGAUGAACUAUCAUCCGACAAUGGUUCAGUUAGUAGCAACAUUGAAACUGAGCUAAGGGAGAUGAGGUUGAGUAUACUAAUGGAAAUCGAGAGGAGGAGGCAAGCAGAGGAGACUCUAGAGCAAAUGCAAGUUCAUUGGCGGAGACUCCGAGAGCAGCUGGCCCAUGUGGAUCUGUUCGUUCCUCUUGAUCCUACCAGCAGCCAAUACACCAUGAACAUUGCAUAUGAACUACGUUGUCAACUCGAGCUCACCAGGUUUGUCUCUGGCUCGCUAGCCGUUGACUUGGCCAAGGCAGAGGUAAAGAUGGAGAUGGAAUCUGAGCUCGAAGCUAAGAACUUUGAAAUCUCCCGCUUGUCCGACCGUCUUCACUAUUACGAGACUGUGAACCAGGAAAUGUCCCAACGCAACCAAGACGCCAUAGAGGUGGCAAGGCUAGACGGGCAAAAGAGAAAGAGGAGACAAAGGUGGAUUUGGGGAUCAAUUGCUGCAACCAUCACGCUUGGUGGUGCAGUCUUGGCUUGGCCGUACCUUCCUUCCGGAAUUUCAUUAACAGAGGUAGCUCAACCAAUAGAUGAGGCUCCCUAA